AGCUGCCGGGGCCGCGGGUGGCCGUGCUGAGGGAGGAGGGGAGCAACGGUGACCGGGAGAUGGCGGCCGCCUUCGCCAUGGCGGGCUUCCAGGUGUGGGACGUGACCACCCAGGACCUUUGCGCCGGCUCCGCCUCCCUGGACGGGUUCAGGGGUCUCGUUUUUGUGGGGGGCUUCAGCUACGCCGACGUCCUGGGCUCUGCUAAAGGCUGGGCCGCCUCCGUCCGUUUCAACCCGCGGGUCCGGGCGGAGCUGGAGCGGUUCCGGACGCGGCCGGACACCUUCAGCCUCGGGGUGUGCAACGGCUGUGAUGUCCCCGCUGGCCUGGUGACACCCAGUGACACCCGGUGA